UUUGUAGAUGUUGGCGUUUGUUUACCAUAGCGGUUGCAAAUUUUCGGCGGGACCAAAAAGGCACCAAAGGGACGAACAGAACGAACAGAAACGAGAAACAACAGUACUUUUCUUGAUUGUAAAAUUCCGAAGCCUCAAGAGUUUAAUGCUUUACUAAAUUGUCUAAUAAAGGAUUGACCCGAUCCUAAUGGCAUCAAAACUUCAUAUCCUGACCCAGACUGAGGAUGAUGAAGAGGUUGGUCUGUAUUUUGUAGUGCCACAAAAUUUAGAUAAAGAUGAAUGUGACAAUGAUAUGAAAGAGGCCUUCAGUACUGCAGCUGACAAUGACUACACCCCGGAAUGGAGAACUGAAGACAGUUGUUUGUUCUUAUCCCCUUCCAAACGAAACGUUUUCGUUUUCCAAAACUUUGCAGGAGCCGCUUUUGAACAUCUUCAACAAUUUAAGUGUGUUAGUCUCAUCGGCCCCCGAUGCCUCACCCAUUGCAUCAUGCUGGGUGAGCCGAUGCCCUUGGUUAGAAAUCCCUCAUUCACCAUCGCCAUGAAAGGUCUUUCUAUCACCGUCAGUGGUGGUGGUGUUGAAGUAAAGAAUAAAAUAAGGCAGAAAGUUGAAAUGAUGUCAGGUGUAUUUUUAAAAAGUUUGACAGAUAAAACCACUCAUGUUGUUGUAUCAUCUGUUGUUUCAUCCAAAUAUGAGAAAGCUCUUGAAUUGGGAGUUCCUGCACGAACUUUUGAAUGGGUAGACGCAGUUUGGAAGAGAAGCCUUAAGGAAUACAUUUUUGCUACUGAUGAGAAAUUUGAUGAGUACCGUUGUCCUCCUUUCCUAGAUUUAAAAGUGGCCUCGACUGGACUGAAUAUCAGAGAGCAAGAUAAACUCAAAAGAACUUUAGCUAAAUAUGGUGGGCAAUAUGACCAUUCAUUGAAUGGACAAGUAAAUGUGCUUGUUGUCAAACAAACUAAAGGGGAUAAAUUCAAGCAUGCUAAACUUUGGGGCGUACCUUGUGUGGAAUUACGAUGGAUCUAUGAUAGUGUUGAAGCAGGAAAUGCUCUACCAACAAAAGCCUAUGAGGUUGACGGAAAUGCUGUUUCUUCCCCAAAGUCAAGCAAUGCUACUUUAAAUUUCUCAGCCAACUUAAGCACUGUACAGUUUGACCAAAAAACACACAUAGAUGAAACAGUACUGAAUUCCACAACAUCUAGUGUGGCAAGUUAUUGUCCUAUUCCUAAAUCUAACACUCCAGUUAAAAUGCCACCACCUGCACCAAAAAGAACUCCUGUUAAAUGUAGAACUCCUGUAAAGUUAAUUGUCCAACCUACUGCUCCUGGAGAAUUCAAGCACCUGCUCUCUGAACUGGAUCUAACCCAGACAAAGCGAGCUGGCCCCUUUCUUGAUGGCUGUGGGGUUUACAUUAUGGGUUGGAACACUGAAGAGGAAGAGAUAUUACGAAAGGUGCUGAAAUGUAGUGGGGCUACUCGCUUCUCUGACCUCAAUGACAGAGUGUCUCACGUUCUUGUGGGAAAUCUUGAAAAGCCAUUUUUACGUGUAUUGAAGAAUCUUUCACACACGCCGCAUGUCGUUAAUAUUAAAUGGCUGAUAGAAAGUGUGGCUCAGAAAAGUCCUGCAGUGGAAGAACCCUUUAACUGUAUGCCAAGUGAGAAUAUGAAUGCCUCUGAAGCACCAUCUCCCCUCAGUAAAAAAGGGAUGGCUCUUCUACAGCGAGAAACAUUUUCUCCUAAAAAGCCCCUUGCUGUCCAGCAAUCUUCCUCAAGGGUGACAGAAAUGUCCCCAAACAAAGGAAAACAGCAACUUUUAGCCAAGUACACUGGAACAGAUUCCUCAGAUAAUUCCAUUUCCAAAUCGAUGUCCACAUCCGCGCGGUGCAUGCCUCCUCCACCAGUUCCCUCAGUAAAGUCCACCAAGCAACAGCAUAAUGUCUCAUCAGCUGAUGAAAGCGACUUUGUUGGGAGCCAGGACUUGAUUUUUAGUGGUUUGUAUUUUGGGUCUUAA